UUUCUGCACGUGCUCUGGUCAUUUUGCACGUGUCAUGCGCCGGCUACGACAUCGCUGAAAAUGACGCUUAUUUGACCGCGGCUCAAACUACUACUCCAGCUACGUGCGUCUCCUAUCUGAGCGAUUUGACCUUCGAGCGACAGCGUCGUACACAACUGGGCGCCCUCACGUCUCGGGGUCACGGGGGAGGGGGUUAGGGAGGAGCCCCGUCACUGACCUCUCCCCUCCCCUCCCCUCUCCCCCCACCGGGGGUGGUAUAUAUCAACUGCGAGCUCGGUCCCAGGCUAGUCAGUCAGCCAGGCGCCUUCAGGGAGCACCCACAAUGAUCAAGCUCGUCGUCCUGGCGACCGCCGUGGCCGCCGCCGCAGCCAGCGGCUACGGAACCGCCCAGAGCUACACCCGUGUCCACACUUCUGACGGUUACGGCACGUCCUCGUACGGAACUGAGAUCGUCCAUCCCACCUACGGCGCCGGGUAUGGAUACGGUGGUGGAUACGGCACUGGAUACGGCACCGGAUACGGAGCACAUCAGGGAGGAUAUGGCGGAUACGGAUAUGGAUCCGUAUCCGGAUACGGAGGCUACGGACUGAGCCACGGAUAUGACAGAUAUGGUGCCGGCCGUGGCUCGUAUGGUGGCUAUGGAUACGACGCCAACCGCGGAUACGGGGGAUACGGAUACGGCGCCGGCCGUGGAUAUGACGGAUACGGAAACCGCGGAUAUGGAUACGGUGGCGCGCGUGGAUACGGAUAUAGUGGUGGUUACGGAUACGGUGGAUAUGGCAGGGGAUACGGAUACCACUAAUUUAGCCACUUUCAGUCAUGUGUUCUUUCUCAUUUGUAAUUCAACAACGAAUUGCGGAAUAAAAUAUUUAUAGCGGAGAGCGUCUAAUACAAUGUCUACAUAAAA